AUGCAUUAUACUUCUGACUCUCUCAACAUCUUUUCUCACAAGACAUUCAUAAUAAAGUGUCUCCUGGCCAAAACACAAAAGCAAAAUUGUCCUAUUCCCCGAUGGAUUCAGAUGGAAACUGGAAACAAAAUCAAGUCUGACUUCAAAAGAAGAUACAGGAGAAAAAUAGAUCUGGGUCUUUAA